CCCGCCUUUGGCUCCCGACCGUUUAUAUCGGCAGCGCCAUCCCUCCCAUUUCGGUUUUCUCCCGAAGCAAAACGGAAGGGAAAAAGGAAGAGUUACCGAGAGAUAGAGGAGGCAGGGGAGGGGGGUAAAAUCAAGAAUAAAUUAUAACCGCACGGCAAGAACAAGGGAGAGGGUAAAUAAACCGCCCAUCGCCUCACCGUAAGUAUCCAACAUCGAUCUGAUUUCCUUUUCCAAUGUACUAUCCUUGAUCAUUGGGUUUCCUAGGUCCAUCGAGCAGGCCCGGGAGGGGAUGAUGUCCGAAAGCGAGGAGCACGGGUCGCUCCUGGAAAAGAUUGGCGACAAGAUCGGCGACAAGAUCCAUGAGUUCAAGAAGGAUUCGUCGUCCUCGUCCUCGGACGACGACGACGACAAGAAGUCGCAUAAAUCCAAGAAGAAGCACCUGUUUGGCAGGAAGCAUCCGCUCCACAACGUCCUUGGCGGAGGCAAAGCUGCUGAUCUUGUGAUGUGGAGGGACAAGCAGAAGUCCGGGAGCAUCCUGGGCGGGGUGACCGUCAUCUGGUUGCUGUUCGAGGGCAUCGGCUACCACCUCCUCACCUUCCUCUGCCACUUGCUCAUCAUCUUCCUCACCGUCAGCUUCGUCUGGUCCAACGCUGCAUCCUUCAUCAACAGGUCUCCUCCAAAGUUCCCUGAGGUCAUUUUAUCUGAAACCCAAUGCAUGAUAAUAGCUCAUGUUCUGAGGAAAGAAAUCAAUGAGGCUUUCAUCACCUUGCAAAGUGUUGCUUCCGGUAAAGACCUUAAAACAUACCUCAAGUCAAUUGGAAUCCUGUGGUUCAUUUCUAUAAUUGGGGGCUGCUUCAGCUUCCUGACACUGUCUUACACUAUUUUCCUGAUGGCAUACACGCUCCCCAUGCUCUAUGAGAAAUAUGAAGACGAAGUCGAUGUUGUGGGUGAGAAGGCCCUGAUCGAGCUCAAGAAGCAAUAUGCAGUGUUCGAUGAGAAGGUUCUGUCAAAGAUACCAAUGUUAGCCGACAAGAAACAGCACUGAAACUGAUGCUUUGAAGCGUUCGACACCUCCAUCAUUUCAUCUGCAGCUCAGCACAUCAACCAAAUAGUCUCAUCUGGUUACCUCUGCUGCCAUCACCUAGCAACCUUUUAGAUGGCAUUAUAUUGAUAUUAUGCCGACUCUAAAGCAUCGGAAAUUUGUCUUUUCGAAGCCAUAGAACAGAACGUUGUCGAUGGUCACACGAAGUAGUUGCCUCUGCUUGUCAGUUUCAGUUUCAUAUUUGUUUGGUCACAAGAUACAUAUGUCAUACUAAUUUCUACAACUAUUUUCUAUGUAUGUAUGAUUUUAUACGUUAUGAUAUGGAACCAUUUAGGCCAUUCUGAAGUUCUGAUUGCUAUUCA